UGAAAAGGUUAAACCGUUUGGCAGAAAACCGAAUCCGAACAGCAAGAGGUGUUAAUCGAAACAGCCGGGGCAAUAAUCCCUGCCCGUGAUCCAGCAUAAACGGGUGGCUCCGUAAGCAAUAGAAAAUCCCUUCUACCCCGGAACGUAAUUCCCGGCAAGUCGAAAGGGGGAGUGUGAAAAAGACCUACAUACACCACAGAAAAAAUCCCGAAAGUCAGCAGGAAGGAGAAUAGGAGGAAAAUCGAAAUCAUCAAACAACAACAUGGGUAAAAGUAAAAUCCAGUGCAGCAAGUGUCAGAAAAAGUGUUCGGGCGAGGUGCUGCGCGUUUCGGAUCGCUACUUCCACAAGACAUGCUUCCAGUGCACCAAGUGUCACAAGUCGCUAGCUACCGGGGGGUUUUUCUCGAAGGAUGGUUCCUACUACUGCACAUUCGACUAUCAGAAACUCUACGGCACCAAGUGUGCCGCCUGCGGUCAGUAUGUUGAGGGCGAGGUUGUGUCAACGAUGGGCAACACAUAUCAUCAGAAGUGCUUCACCUGCAGCAAAUGCAAACAGCCAUUCAAAUCUGGCAGCAAGGUUACCAACACCGGCAAGGAGGUGCUGUGCGAGGGCUGUGUAAAAUGCCCACCCGGUAGCGGGGUAGGCGGUGGAGGAGCGUCUGUGGGGUCGCCUACGGAGAUCACCUCGAGCCCAACGAAAGCUGCCACGCUACAGCACCAUCAGGAGACGGUGAAGAAGCAGCAGCAGUUGCUGCAGAACGGUGGCAAACAACCGGACCCGAACGAUUGUGCCGGUUGUCAGCAGCAGCUGAAGGAGGGUCAGGCACUGAUUGCUCUCGAUCGUCAGUGGCAUAUUUGGUGCUUCAAAUGUAAUGCCUGCGGUACGACCCUGAAUGGAGAGUACAUGGGUAAGGACGGUGUACCGUACUGUGAGAAAGACUUUCAGAAGUCGUUCGGUGUGAAGUGUGCACACUGCAACCGGUACAUUAGCGGCAAGGUGUUGCAAGCCGGUGACAACCAUCACUUCCAUCCCACGUGCGCACGUUGCACCAAGUGCGGAGAUCCAUUCGGCGAUGGAGAGGAGAUGUAUCUGCAGGGUGGCGCCAUCUGGCAUCCGAGAUGCGGUCCCGGACCGUCGUCCGAAGCCGGCAUCUUGAACGGCGUCGAUACGAACGGUUUUAACACCGAAACGGAGUUCGAUCGCACUAGCACUAGUGGUAUGAGUGAAAUACAGUUCACGUAUCGUUCACAAACUCCGAGUGUUAAUGGUUCAGUUUAUAGUCCCUACACGCAUAGAAAGUAUCAUCGUACCACCAGCCCGGGGUUAAUAUUAAGAGAAUACAAAAAUCAAGGCUAUGAGGAUAUCGCCCGUAUCUACACCUACAGCUACCUUACCGAGGAACCCGGUUACCUGCGUCGCCCAAUCGAGCCGUACGAUAGGGCUCCGGUGUCACCGCACUUUCACCGACCGGCACACUAUUCGUCCAUGGGUGGUACGGCCAGCAGUGUCGGUACGCGGUCCACAUCGGGUUCGCGUUCGCACUCGCGCAGUCGCAGCGCUAUGAAGGUGCUGGUCGAUAGCAUCCGAUCGGAAACGCCCCGUCCGAAGAGUCCGGGCAUGAACAACGAAGAACCGAUCGAGCUGAGCCACUAUCCUGCGGCCAAGAAGCCUCCGCCAGGCGAGAAACCAAAGAUCGAACGGGAUGAUUUCCCGGCCCCGCCUUACCCGUACACGGAUCCGGAGCGUCGUCGCCGCUAUUCCGACUCGUACAAGGGUGUACCUGAAUCAGACGACGAAGUUGAUCAUGCGAAUAAUAAGGAAAACGUCACGGAAAAACGUCACACGAAGGAGGAAGAAGAGCUUCGCAAACUGAAAUCAUCCGGCAUGGGUACGGUUAUACUGAAGGAUCUACAAGAAAAGAAGCGCUACGAACACUGGAAGCAGGAAAAUCUAGAUCCACGCAAUGCUUCCCGCACGCCGUCCGCUGCGAAGGAGCCAAUGUACCGGAUGCGCUACGAAUCACCGGUUGGUGCAUCACCUUCGCGUAACCUAGACCACCAGAAACCAUUCUACGAGGACGAGUUCGAUCGCUCCACCAGUUACCGUGGAUCGGUCGGUCGUGCCAUUGGAAACGCGACCAGUUACAAUGCCAUCCAUUCGUACAGGUCACCUCCGAAGCCGGGAUAUGGAUUCAAAACGUCCACACUGCCACCGUCGCUAAGAAACGGUUACAGCUCCGAUUUCUCGUUCAGCGGACUCGGAGAUAAGACCCACAGUACGGAGUUCAGCUGCGGUAAAAGCGACAUUUCCGGCGAUUCCAUAACGGAAGGCGAUCGUCGUGCGCUGGGUGCAGAAAUUCCUGCCUCCAGUACGUAUUCCGGUGCACUUUCCUAUCACUACCCGCAGCAACCAACACGUCGCAGCUUGCCCAAUAUGGCCCACUCGAUGCUGGUGCACGAGCCGGCCAAAAUUUAUCCCUAUCAUCUGCUUCUAAUCACUAACUACCGAUUGCCGUCUGAUGUCGAUAGAUGUAAUCUAGAGCGUCACCUAUCGGAUGUGGAGUUUGAAGCCAUUCUUCAAUGUACGCGGCCAGAGUUUUACCGUAUGCCCCAGUGGAAGCGCAAUGACAUGAAGCGACGUGCACGCUUGUUUUAAAACAUCAAACCCCAACAAUCAACUCUACAGUGCAACUCAAUGUGCAGACCAAGCAUAUGCAGCGCUUGCAAAUGCAAACUCCUGCUUGUUGAAGUAUCUUCCAUUGCCGGGCGAAACGGAAGAUUCAAACCAAAUGCGUGCUAUUGCCUAUGUACCCGCCGUCUGUUUUGUGUUAUUUUGUUUUGUUUUUUCGUCGUUUAAUGUGAACGAGCAGUGGGUACACGGUCGCGUAUAUGUAAUAUUAUAAUUAUUAUCAUUAAUAUUGACUAUGUAACAAUCCUAUAGCUUCUCUAUAGUGUACGUUAUGUGGUGCUUCCGUAGGUAGCAUCUUUUCUUAAGAGUGCAGCUCCGUAUACUUUGAAAAUAGGACAUUUUACUUUAGCUUGACAAUUAUCAACCGUAACAUUUUGGGUUUUUUGUUUCAUUGUUAUUUAUAGUUGUAUUGGUUGAACCUAAACCGCAAACAAACGGCAUAUUUAAUCUACGACGGGACAAAAGCGGCGCAAUUGCGUGAAAUACAUAGAUGAAUUCCCUUUUGCCAACAAGGGCAAUUAAAGAUGAUCAUUCGCUUGUAGCUUCAAAAUUGGCCUAGACCGUAACGAAACGAAAUUCAAGUUGUGUGUAUGAUUCGUCGCAACUAUGGCUGAAUUCUAAUGCAUUUAUGUAGCGUUGUGCGCUGUAAGAAAAGGGCUGUUAAUUGUUGCUGCACACGCCAGUUAGGGUAUGGACGAAAGCAAAACAGGUAACUGAAGGACAUACUCCAUCUACAUCCCACGCAUCAUUACCCGAUAACGAACAGAAAACACACACAACAAUCGAACACAUAAACACGCAUACACCCGAACUUACUAGAUAUGGAUAUUGCAAACACAAAAUCAGCUAGCCUUAAUGCAACUAUUUGUAGUUUUUAAAUAGGCGUGGACUUUGUGGGUACAACUAGAAACAAAAGCAAACACGGACGCGUGGAAAGCAGGGACACGCGUUGUAAACUAGAGAUAUUUAUGAGUUUUAUUUAUACGAACGGUAAUACUAGCAUACAACAUCCUAACGCGUACCGAAGUGAAUGUGAACUAAAAUGAAAAUAAUUUAACUAAAGCAAACAGACAACCAGACAUACCAGUACGCCAGUCGUAUAAAUUACACCGAAAAGCAAGGAUAUGAAAUUAAAUAAUCGCAAUGUGCAAACGAGGGGACACCAUUCAGUUUACACAAUGAGCAAAAACGAACCUGCGCUGUCCGCUUCGGUUUGCUUGAACGAUAUAAGCUAUAAGGGGUUAGAAAUACCAGGGACAAAGAAAACAGUAAACAGCAGUAUGGCGUAAAACAAAUGCAUUCAAUAGCAGAGAUUGAAAAGAAAUUUAUUAUAUCCGCAUAACGCCGUACGCCGUUGUCAUGAUAUGGUGGGCCCUAAUAAUAAUUGAUGUGAAGAGAAAGGUUGUCUUUAGGCAAACAUUUAAAAAAGAACAGUUUUCACAAUCGAUCUCUUUGCAUCUUUGCAGGAGAAAAACACAAAAAUCAGGAAGGAAAAACAAAUAAAGCAUCACAUCUUGAAACAUGCACCAAAGUGAAGAAACACAUGCGUAAAAAUCGAAUCCGCUUGCGUUUCUGCAAUAAACAUACCUACAUGAAUGGGAAGCCCGUAACGAUGAAUGAUGUGUUAAUGAUAAAUAAGGAAAGAAAUAGCACGAAACUGUCUUUACUAUUUACAACCCUGAGGUAGGUGAGCGUUAAAACAUACACAAAACCAUCAUGAAACAAACAAACAAAACUGAAGCGAAACUAUUUUUAUACCUUCAUCGAUUAAGCGAAGAUCAGAAGUAGGAAUUCAUUAUGAAAAUACUUUUUUCAAAACAAAACAAAAUAAAACAUGUUAUUAAUGCGCAAACUGUUCCACAGAAACAUUAAAGUGUUUAAUGAACCUAUAAACUAUGUCAUAGUUGAACAAGCGAAUCAAAAAAUUCUUUAAAGAACCUUAAAUAUAACACAGAAAUAGAAAGCAACAUAAUAGUGACAGCGAAAUGAAACAAGCGAGACGAAAAGAAAACUCAAUCCCUGGGAAAAAACGGUUCCAGCAUAUUCUGCAGCUUUACUGUUCAUCGGUGUAUAUGCUACGCGUGUUAGGUUGUAAGAAUGUGCAAGUUAGCUUACCGGUGAACGUCAUUGCACGGCUUCAUCUACUAUCACGAAAGCGCAAAACGGGAGCAAACAAAAAAAAACACAUAAAACACAAUAUAAAUUUGUGACAAUUGCAUUAAAAAUCAUGAAAAUGGAAAAAGGAAAACAAAUAGAGCUAUUUAUUGGUAACACAUAUAAACGCAUCUUUAUCGAGCACUGCACACAGCACUGCUUAUUAACCAUGGAAAGAAAUGUAAGCCAACAGCAGAAGUUGCUUGUG